AUGGGAACGGCGACACACCCAGCUGGUACCGCUAGCCCCUCUGGCGACACACCCAGCUGGUACGGUCACGUGGGACUCGCCCACGGUGCUGGCGAGACAGCCAUUCACGUGAAGUUCGGCUUUUCAGGCUUGCAGGCUUCUGCUCUCCAUUGUUUAGGGAUGCAGCAGCAUUGUUUAGGGAUGCAGAGUAUAAGUGUGGAUGGUUUACCAUUAAUCGGUCCAACAAAUCUUGAUUGGGCUGAUUUAUGUGAGGAAUUAUUGGGAGUCAGACCACAAGAAGAUGAAAUUAGAGGUAGUGUGGUUAAAUUAAGUUGGCUGGCUCACCAUUUUGCCCAAAUAAAUAAUGACGACGACGAAGAACAAGUACGAAGGUUUGCCCGUGCAUGGAUAUUGAGAUUCAUUGGAGGUGUCUUGUUCGUUGAUAAAAGCAGUAACAAAGUUUCGCUAAGAUACCUUCAAUUUUUACGUGACUUUGAAGAAUGUGGCAGAUAUGCAUGGGGAGCUGCCGUACUUGGUUUUCUAUACAGAGAGAUGUGCAAUGCCACCGAUUAUAAAACUAAAUCAAUCGGAGGUAUGUGCAUCUUACUACAAAUGUGGGCAUGGGAACGAUGUCCAACCUUGGCUCCAAAGAGGACUCCUUCCCAAGUAGAAAAUACACCACUGGGGCAUAGGUGGCUGCGACGUGGAAACCAACAUAUCGGCAAUGAUGAUGUGAGAGUUUUUCAUCGCAAGGUAGAUAUUAUGAAACGUCAUGAGUUUGUGUGGGAGCCGUACCCAUCAACCGUAAUAUCACUGUUGCCUCCCGUUUGUUUAGUCGGAAGUCUCGUGUGGGUCGAUGCUUAUCCCCGACAAGAAGGCCUAUUGAGUUUUAACUCGGACUACAUGGUCUGGUAUAGGCGAAAGACAAAGAUGUUUGUUGACCCAGCAAAUGCAAAGACGGCUACAUUGGGUGAAGUUGCGGAGGCAUUACAAUACAUGGUGUCUCCUCAAGGGAGGAAUACAUGCACAUUUGAUGAUCUCGUGCCUUAUGUGGAAAAAAUUACAAUUUUAUCCGAAGAGCAAGAGAGAGUCACUGAGCCAGUGUCACAUGGUCCCGCAUCAGAGCGUCAAUUUCCUGCACAACAGUUUCACAUGUUUCAGUCAAGUAUUGAAACUCAGGGGAUAGACAGAAGAAGGGACACUGUUGAAGCGGAAGAAUAUUCCCAACAAAUGGUGGAGCGUGGCCAUGGAAUGUAUUACACGCCACAAACAUUUGCUGAGUAUCCGACACAGAUGUAUCAGUAUCCUUUUCAGGGUCAUCACACUGAUACUUCUGCAAGCCAGCAAUCGUUCGGUGGUGUUGCGGAAACACAAGCUCAUUUUUCAUGGCCCACAAUGACCCCUUCACAGCAAUAUCAUGGCCCAAUUCCAACACCUAAUGCCCCGUUAGGAACACAAUGGAAUGUACCGGGACAAAUACCUAAUACGGGUGACUUAUUCGGUGUUGAUUUGCGACACGCAUUUUCUGCGGAGGCUGACGAAGAAGAAGCGGGGAGGCAUCGGGGCAGAAGAAAUCCUGAUCGCCAAGCACGAAGAUGGGAUCGACCAUGUGGCACAUCCUCACGACAUCACGGACACCAAAAUGAAUGA